AUGAAAUCCAUUAUCCUUGCCACCUUUGCCAUUGCCUUUGUCAGCACUGCCUCCUGCGCAAAGAUGAGUUUGAGUGACAAAUUCAAAUAUUGUAAACCCAUUCCUAUCGCCGACUGCGCCAAGGACCCCAUUUGCAAAGUUCAUGAACAUACCAAAAACUCAGGCGAGAAGGAACAGAAAUGUGGUCCCAACGUAGAAUUCAAUAACGCACUCGUAUUUGGAAUCGGUCGUAAUACAUAA